AGCGCUCAGCUGUGGUCAGAGCAGAGGGGAGGCGUGCGGUCUGUCGGAGCGCCCUAGCUCAAACACCCCCACUUGUCAAGAGCUGUGAAGAGACCAGGAUCUCUCAGAAAUCGGUCGGGACAACACGAAGUUGUGGCUCAGUAGUUUUUUUGUUUUCUUUUCCUUACUAUGGCUGACCAUCUUUUGCAUUAUAAUGAUUCAGCCGGGGUUGGGAACCGAUUCGCUCGCAAGGGUGCUUUGCGGCAGAAAAACGUACAUGAAGUGAAAAACCAUAAAUUUACUGCCAGGUUUUUCAAGCAGCCGACGUUCUGCAGCCAUUGCACAGACUUCAUAUGGGGAUUUGGAAAACAAGGAUUUCAAUGCCAAGUGUGCUGUUUUGUGGUUCACAAGCGGUGCCAUGAAUUCGUCACCUUCUCCUGUCCCGGAGCCGACAAGGGUCCUGACACAGAUGACCCCAGAAGCAAGCACAAGUUUAAGAUCCACUCUUAUGGCAGUCCCACCUUCUGUGACCACUGUGGCUCACUGCUGUACGGUCUCAUCCACCAAGGGAUGAAAUGUGACACCUGUGAUAUGAACGUGCACAAGCAGUGUGUGGUCAACGUGCCAAGCCUGUGUGGGACGGACCACACGGAGCGUCGGGGUCGGCUCUUCCUCAAGAUCGAGGUCAACAUGGACAGGCUACACGUCACAGUGGGUGAGGCCCGGAACCUGAUUCCUAUGGAUCCAAAUGGUUUAUCAGACCCCUAUGUUAAACUCAAGCUCACCCCCGACCCAAAGAAUGAGACCAAACAGAAGACCAGGACCAUCCGUUCCUCUCUCAACCCCUGCUGGAAUGAGUCCUUCACCUUUAAGCUGAAAGCAUCAGAUAAGGACCGCCGUCUGUCCGUUGAGGUGUGGGAUUGGGACCGAACCACUCGAAACGACUUCAUGGGCUCCAUGUCGUUUGGAGUGUCCGAGCUGAUCAAAGCUCCGCACUGUGGAUGGUACAAGUUGCUGAAUCAGGAGGAGGGAGAGUAUUACAACGUUCCCAUCCCCGAGGUGGACGAUGUCAACCUGGAGCUCCGACAGAAGUUCGAGGCCUGCCAGUUAAAUAUCCACUGUCUCAAGAAAGCCAAACUGGGCCACGGUAAGAAAGUGAUCACGCCGUCAGACCACCGGCGGUUCAGCCUGCCUUCAGGUAACAUGGAUCGGGUCCGACUGAGUGACUUCAACUUCCUGGCCCUGCUGGGGAAGGGCAGCUUUGGCAAGGUGAUGCUGGCAGAGAUGAAGUCAACGGAGGAGCUGUACGCCAUCAAGAUCCUGAAGAAAGACGUUGUGAUCCAAGAUGACGAUGUCGAAUGUACGAUGGUGGAGAAGAGAGUUCUGGCCCAGAGAGACAAGCCGCCCUUCCUCACGCAGCUCCACUCCUGCUUCCAGACUGUGGACCGGCUGUACUUUGUGAUGGAGUACAUCAACGGGGGAGACCUUAUGUAUCAUAUCCAACGUAUGGGCAAAUUCAAAGAGCCACAGGCAGUGUUUUAUGCAGCAGAGAUUGCUGUCGGUUUGUUUUUCUUGCACCGAAAGGGCAUCAUCUACAGGGAUCUGAAGCUCGACAACGUGAUGCUGGACUCUGAGGGCCACAUCAAGAUUGCUGACUUUGGCAUGUGUAAGGAGAACAUGUAUGAAGGCAUGACCACGCGCACCUUCUGUGGCACCCCGGACUACAUCGCACCUGAGAUUAUCGCCUACCAACCCUAUGGAAAAUCAGUGGACUGGUGGGCUUAUGGAGUUCUUCUGUAUGAGAUGCUGGCAGGACAGCCACCGUUUGAUGGAGAGGACGAAGACGAGCUCUUCCAGUCCAUCAUGGAGCACAAUGUGUCCUACCCCAAGUCCAUGUCUAAAGAGGCCGUGUCCAUCUGCAAGGGACUGAUGACCAAGCACCCGUCGAAGCGUCUCGGCUGUGGCCCAGAGGGGGAGAUGGACAUCAGGGAGCAGGCCUUCUUCAGACGUAUCGACUGGGAUCGGCUGGCAAACAAAGAGAUCCAGCCGCCAUUUAAACCCAAAGUGUGUGGCAGAGGAGCAGAAAACUUUGACAAGUUUUUCACUCGUACGCAGCCUGUGCUGACCCCGCCCGACCAGCUGGUCAUCGCCAACAUCGACCAGAGCGAGUUUGCAGGCUUCUCCUACAUCAACCCUCAGUUCAUCCAUCCAUCCCUGCACAGCGUGGUAUGAGAAGAGAGCGAAAAACACAAAACAUGGACUGUUGCUGACUACACGAUCCUUCCAAAACUCCCACAAACAUCCCGCUGUCAACAGACAUAUCAUCCUCUACAGUGUUCUGUCUACUAGUUAUCAAUAUCUGUGUACAGAAAUGACUGAGGAGCGUGGAGCCAAGUGUUAAAACAGUGUUUGUGGGCGAGGAGAAAGUACAUGGCACUGAUACUUUUUGCAUAAUUGCCCGAAACAUCUCACAAUAUGUUCUUUAUUCUGAAUCUGCGUUUAUCUCCAAACCUGCAGCCUUUUUCUUGUGUAUGAAUGUGUCUAUCAGUUAUUAUCUCAUUAGGUAUUAAAGAUGCAAGAUGUUUUCCUUCUCAUCCCACUCAUGUUGCCCCGUCCCGCUGCGCAGAGAGCUGCAAUGCACGACAAGAGUGACAAUUUUUCUGCUCUGUCUCAGCUUUAUCUUCCUCUGAACCGCUACAUGUGUAUUUUAUAUUUAUAUAUUUUAGAAAAAAAACAAAAACAAAAGAGGUAGUAUACUGUUACAUGAGUGCCAAAGUGCUAUUCUUAAUUCCUUACUCCUUACUUGUAAUGUUUUUCCCCUCCGGCUUUCCAAACACUGUCAACACACUAAAGCCCCUAAACAGAGUCCAUUUAUAUCUGUUGUUUUGUAUGACGUGGAGCUACACUAUAUCUAACUCAUCAUAGAGAAACAGAAGCACAUCAUGCUUAUAGUUACAAGCUGUCCCGCCCUUAUAUGAAUGCAGUGGGAGUCGCCUCCAGUGGGUGAAAUGCAGGAUGAGUUCAGUACAUGGUGUCAGAAAACCGUGGAGCAAAAGAGACAGUGUUUUAAAGGUUUUAAGGUACUAAGAUGCUAUUUCCAUAUGCACAAAGCAGAUCUCUGUUGCAUGCUUAUUUUCUGACUCUGUAUGAGCAGUAGACUCUAGGAUGCAGUACACGUCUGGUAUCAUUGUAAAGUUUAGUAUUAUGAUAUAAACUAUGUUAAUAUAUAAUUGUAGUUUGUUCUGAGGAGUCAUAUUCUGAAGAAAAGUUUCUAAAUGUCAUGGGGGGGGGAUAAAAAAGAUUUUGUUCCUGUUUUAUGUUCGGGCUUAACUCUACUUUUAUGUCCAGAGAGAUGUCUAAACCUUCUAUUGUAUGUCUUCUUCUUCUUCUUUUCUUUUUUUUUGUAAAUAUGUUUUAAAGAGAUGCUUCAAAAAGAGAAGUUACUUGCAGAUUUUAUACUAAGAACUGAAUGUGCUUUUACUACCGUAGACCGUUGAACAUUUCUAUGUUUAGAUUACCCCUUAAUUCUAAUGUUUGGCUGACUCUUUGGUAGCUUUGGUAUCAGCAAACCUUGUUAUAUAUGUAUUUCCACUAUUUGUCCAUUAUUUUCUACUACUCAGUGUCAUAUGGGGAAUAUGCAGCACCUACUGUGCGUGAAACGUUUGAGUCCCCCUCUUGCCUUGGUCUUCUCAGGGCUGACUCCUCCUGUAACGGUACGAGGAGUUCAGAGCCCUCGGUGGCUGAAACAUGUCUUUUCUUUCGUGUGUAUAUUGUGUGCAUGCGUAGGGCAAGGCCUGGUCUAAAGCAUGAGAAAGACCCCCCCUCCCCCCGCAUGAUAACUCAGAUUCCCUCCUUCCCACAGGCGUGGAGCAUGGAAUUUCAACAAAUCGAGACAAACCCGAGCAUCGUGCGCUUUUUCUACUCCUAGUCUCCUCCCACUCGUUGUCAUGCAGCCCAACCUGUUUGACUAAAAUGCUGAAUUAUGGACAGACAAAUACAUGUAAAACGCUUCUGUUGGCUUUUUUGUUCACUGGUGCCAAACAAACCCUUUUUUUUGUUGUUGUUGUUGUUUUCCAGUCAGGUGUGCGUCCAGCCGUGUUAUUUUCCUUGAGAGGCACACAAAGCUGCAGCAGCGAGCUUUCAUGAAACUGCCAAAUUGAGGGAGGCUACAGCUCUCAACCCCUGAGUUAGUUACUUAACAUGUAGGGCGAUGUUGCAGCUGUCACAUCUGGACCAAAACAAGAUUUUUAAGGUUAAGAGACUUGAAUGUUUACAUGUCUCACAUUGAGAAUUGAAAAACAACCUUUGGACCCAUGACGGAGGUAAUCAGAUGUCAGGCCAGUCGGGGUACAGCACCACUACAAGCUACAGUUAGAGCCACAGGGAUGUUUGUAUGUGUUUCCCUUCACUGCCCCUGCUUUUGUUAACCUGAUUCUUCUUGUUCCUCUGUUCAUUGUGGUUUGAUGAAUACUGUGUACAAAUAAAGCAUCAAAAAUA